AUGCUGGAAAGCCAACCGUUCGAUAUUCAAGCGCAAAUCAUAAAGAGGAUUCCGGAUGUGAAAUCGGUGAUUCGAUUUCGGUCAGUUUCAAAAACAUGCAAGUCUGUUAUCGAUAGCCCCCUGUUUGUUAAGGAUCACAGUCAGCAUCAUCAUCGCCGUCAUCUACUUGUAACCUACAGUGAUGUCGAUGCUGCAGAAUCUGCAUCGAGCUCAAGGUAUAGUCACACUUUCAGAUCUAAUCAAAGAUAUGUUUCUAUGGUUGACGAUGAUAGUUUCGAGCCCUCCCUGCAUACUAGGAUCAGUAUUAGCAAAAAUAUGAUUAGAGCUACUGAUGUUCGAGAAAUAAAAACAAUCAGUAGCUCUUAUGGCUUGGUUUGCGUUUACAAAAGGAAGGCUGCCACUGCCGUUAUUUGGAAUCCUUUAAUUAGAAAAUCGAUUCGCAUUCACGUUCCUAAUGAUGAUAACAAUACAGGUUGUGCUGUUGGUUUUGGGGUGUGUCCUGGCACUCUUGAACCUAAGCUUGUCAAGAUUACAUGGAAUAAUCGUGACUUCACACUCCCUUGGCAAGUUAAGGUUUGUUCGUUAAGCUCACCGGGGGUUUUGGAGAAGUAUUAA